AUGUUUCCAUGUUCCGUUCGCUGGCUGUGUUCACUACAUGUAGGUUCCCGCAAUCAUGUAAGGGAAGUGUGCCCGUCCAAAGGAUCACGACUGGCAGAAAAGCUGUGA